AUGCAGCGACCUUGGGAUGAUUUUAGGGAUUAUGCAAAUGUUUGCUUCGAGGAAUUUGGCAACAAAGUGAAGCAUUGGACGACACUGAAUGAACCUUGGACCUAUACUAGUCGUGGAUAUGCUACCGGAAACUUUCCACCUGGCCGAUGUUCAAAGUGGCAGAAGCUUAAUUGUACCGGUGGAGAUUCAGCUACUGAGCCAUACUUGGUUGCUCACCAUCAGCUUCUUGCUCAUGCAACAGCAGUUGACUUGUAUAGGCGUAAAUAUCAGGCAUCUCAAAAUGGUGUAAUCGGUAUCACGUUAGUGGCAAACUGGUUCGUUCCACUGUCACAAGUACCGCGCCAUCAGCUUGCAGCCGUGAGAGCGCUUGACUUCAUGUUUGGAUGGUUUAUGGAUCCAAUAACAAAAGGUGAGUAUCCACGUACCAUGCGUUCUCUUGUAAGAGACCGGUUGCCUAAAUUCUCCGCGGAGCAGUCAAUGAUGGUGAAUGGAUCUUUUGAUUUUCUGGGAUUGAAUUAUUACACUACCAAUUAUGCAGCUGAUUCUCCUCGUCUGAAGCUUGCAAAACCCAGUUACCUCACUGAUUCUACUGUCACACAAACAGGGGAGCGAAAUGGAAUUCCAAUUGGUCCAAAGGCUGCUUCAGAUUUUCUGUUUGUUUAUCCACAAGGAAUUCGAGAUCUUUUGCUUUAUUUGAAGAAAAGAUAUAACAACCCUUUGAUUUAUAUUACAGAGAAUGGUGUUGAUGAGGUUAACAAUGACAAAUUGUCACUUGAGGAAGCACUUACUGAUAAAAUGAGGGUGCAGUACCACCAUGAUCAUCUGGCCUUCUUAGAUCUUGCAAUUAAGGAAGGUGUCAAUGUGAAGGGUUAUUUUGUGUGGUCGUUGUUGGACGACUUUGAAUGGAGUUCCGGUUAUACCGUCCGAUUUGGGAUCUACUAUAUUGACUACAAAGAUGGAUUAAAAAGAUACCCUAAACUUUCUGCCUUUUGGUUUAAGAAUUUCCUCCAAAACAAGAAAUAA